AUGAAUGCCCCAGGUUUGAGUUUAUUUCAGGGGCAUACAAACAUCAAUAUAAACGAUGAUGAAGCUCAAAAAGAGCUUGAAGAAGAAGCUCGGAAGGAACAAGAGGAACGAAAUAAAGAAUUGGGAAAUCAGUUAAUGAACGCUUUUGAUGAUCUGGAUGAACUCGAUGAAGAUGAUUUGACUGUAGAUAGCAGUUCACAUAUAAUAUCUAGAAUUUCAGAGAACGAUGAAGAUGUCUUUCAGCAUCACACUCCUGUGCUCACAAAUGGAUAUCGAUAUAAUGGUGCACACAGCGAUUCUGAUGGCCAAGAGUUUAUCAACCAUGGUGAUAACAACUACAAGACCAAUCAGUUUAUCAUAAAUAAUCCAAAGUUUGUUCAAAUGCAAAACGACUAUAACAAUCAGGGUGGAGAUGGCGAUAGCUUUCCAAAAGAUUAUAGAAAUUCAAAUAAUGCAUUAAAUUACGAAGAAGAAGAGAGAAAGUAUUUAGAAUCAAAAUUUGGUAGCAUUGAACAACUUAAAGUACUAUAUGAUGUUCGUGUUAGAGAAGUGCAAAAUCUUGCAACUCAAUUAGAGGAGUCUCGUUUACAUUCAGAGCACACAAUAUCUGAAUUGCGUAAACAGUUGCUGUUGAGUGAGGCUGAUAAAGAAAGAGCUGUUUUGUCGAGGCAACAAGCACAAGAACUUUUAGUUCAAACAAAAAGUGAAUUGGGCGAAUCUCAUAACAAAAUUGAUUCGUUGAAUUCAACCAUAAGUUAUCUGGAACAAGAAAAAGAAACACUCAAAAAUGAGUUAAUGAUUGCAAAGGCGUCUUUACAAGAUUCUUAUCAAAGAUUGCAAAUAAUAGACCGAGGUUUUAGCAAUGACAAACAAUUGGAAGUAAUUUUAAAAAGCACGAAAGAAAAUCAUGCUGAAGAAGUAAAAAAUUUAGAGAACACUAUAAACCAUAUGAAAAACCGGCUGGAAAAUUGUGAAAUUGAAAUUAAACAAUUAGAGACAAGAAAUAAAGAGUUGUAUAGGGAACGUGAGCGUAUGGUUCUGGAUAAGGCUGAAACUGUGAAUGAAUUAGCCAAGAAACUUGAAGAAACUCAAAAACAAUAUCAGGCACUUUUAACUCAUUCAAAAACCAGCGGUGAAGUUUUAGAUGUGGCUGAAAUGAAACAGAAAUUUAUUGGCAUGGAGAUGGAGAACGAAACACUUAAGAGACAACUGGAUGAAGCCUUGAACAUGUUAGAAUCUUUAUCACUGGAGGCUCCAUCAUCUCAUAAUGUCGAUACGGAAAGUGAUGUAGAAACUGACUCAAUGAUAGAUAUGAAUCUGAAAAAACGAACUCAAAACAAACAAACAAGUAAAUUAAAUUUAACUGAUAAGUUAUUUAAACUACAAAACGAAUUGUAUCGGUGUAUGCAGAUGCACAAGGAGAGACGAAAUGAAAUCAAAAUGUUGCAGGAGGCUCUAGAAAAUAAGGAGGCGCAAAUAAAGUCUUUAAAGGAAAACGAAUCUCAAGCUAUGUUUCAAGCAACUCAUUAUCGAGAAGAGUCUCUUAAAUUAACAGAGAAAUUAUUGCAUGCAAAUGAAAAAUUAACACAAGUUGAAACCAAUAUGCCAAAACACAAUGAUAUGGUCGUUGAAAUGAAUAGAGAGAAAAAUCAGUUGUAUCAAGAUUGUGAGAAAUUAAAAUUGGAAAAUAUGAGACUCAACCAAAAGAUUGAAAACAUGGAAAUGUGUUUGAAUAGACAAAACAAUGAUGAUGAUGUGGAUGACCCAGCGCAAUCCAAACCAAAUCGCACCGUUAUAGAAGCCUUAAAAACAGAAAACAAAACUCUGUUAGAUAAAAUUUCCCAACUGGAGCACUUUUCCAAGAUGAAUCGCUUAAUCAGUGCUGAAAGCACACCCUUACCAGGCUCAAAAACAAAUUUCCUCAAAUCUCCAGGAAAAGAUGUGGACUUACGAUCAUUAAACAUGGAAAUUGAUAAAUUAAAGUAUCAAUUGGUAGAUGCUCAGAAGGAAAUUGAUCGGUAUAAAACAUUGUAUAUAGAAUUGUCUGUGGAAAAAGAUAAACUUGUUAAAGAACUGAAUGAUGUUAAGUCUCAAGAUUUUGUUGUUAAAUUAAAAGACAUGCAGAACAUUGUUAAUAAGUUGGAAAAUGAUUUGGAUGCUGCUAAUAAAAAAAUUUAUGAGUUGAAUGAGCAGUUGAUACAAAGGGGUAAAUCAGGAAUGAAAACACAAGAUAAAUUGCACAAUUGCACAGAGCACUCAGAUGUUAUUCAAAAGUUGGAAUCUGAAUGUGAUAAACUACGAGACAAUUGUUCACUUCACAAAAGAGAUAUUAUUGAUUUGAAUAAAAAGUUACUGGAUGCCGGGCAAGAGAUCAAGGAUUUAAAAGUCGAUCUAGAGUCUAGAAAGUACAGAGACAGUAUGAUAGAAGAUAUGAAGGCGAAAGCACAGAAAUUUGAAGAAUUUAUGAUGCAAAACAUGUCAAAAACGAAGCACUCAAUAAAUAACACAAUUAAAACCAGUAAAAGCACAGAAACAGAUGGUGAUUGGAAAAAAUCUGUUCGCAAUAUUGGUGUAGGCACUGAUGGUAAAAUAAAUUUGGAAGAAUUGGAAAAUAUACACGAAAAGCACCAGGAUGAAAUUCUCCAAUGUGAACGGAAAGUGCGCGAAGAGUUGUCACUGUUAUUUGCAGAAGAAAUAAAAAAUUUAGAUGACAAGUAUAGAUCAGAAAAAUUAGUUCUCGAAGAUAAUUUGCAAAAACUAAUUCAAACCCUGCAAGUCAGAACUAAAGAAGUUGAAUUGUUAAAAACUGCUGUUUUAUCGGAACGAGAUUGCUACAGAAAAUCUUUAGAAGAAAAAGAAAAAAUCAUAAAUGAUAAAUCUAGAGAGAUUGAUGUCGGCGUUGUGCAGAAAUACGAAGCAAAAAUUGAAAUGUGUGAAGAACGAAUACAGACUCUAAUGACAACAUUAGAUGAGAACACAAAGACUUUACAAACGGAAAGAGAUAAUAAUUGUGCACUAAGAAUGGAGUUGUUAAAUGAAAAUAAGAAUUUAAAACAACAAAUUGCAGAUAUUGACAAGCAACUAACGAGCUUAUCUGAAAAAUACAGCAAAUCAAAGAAAUGUGUGGAAACCUAUAAGGCUUAUAUCGCAGAUAAAGAAGAACAUUUCAUGAAUGAAAUUGAACGUAUUAAACAUGGCUAUGAGCUUUCAGUUACAAAAAUGAAAAACAAAAUGGAAAGAAAUAUUGAGAGGCGAGAAAAAGAAAUUUCUGAACACUUAAAGGAUAUAGAAAGAAAGUAUCAAAAUAAAUUAGCAAAUUCUGAAAUAAAUGAAGAGUACAAAGUUACAAAACAAAGUUCUAGGUAUUAA